AGAAAAGAAAUAUUGAAUAAUGAAUGAUUGUUUUGUUCGUCAUCUUUAUGUACACCUUUAUUUCAAACAAGCUCUCGGUUUGGUAGCUCACCGCACCUUACACAGAACUGAUUCACUCAGUAAGAAGAAGUGUUGUUUGUCAAAUAGGUUAAGUAAUUUGGACACAAACAAACCAAUUCCAUAUAACAAGAAAAACACAUCAAACAACAAGAAAACACAUUCAAUGAUCAGAGUGUCCACGAGUGUUAAACUGUGACUGAAAGGCUGUUAAAAAAAAAAACUAAUCCUAGUAAAUGUAAUGGAGAAAUUCGUUUGCCGCCUUGGCUGAAGCAGGACAGUCGCAAUUGCAAUGGCGACGUCGACAGACUUUCCGUUAGAAGGACUUACAGGAAGGCCUAUCGAUUAUGAAGAUGCCACUUGGAUUCUCACUAGUGCCUUUAUUGUCUUUACCAUGCAGUCAGGGUUUGGACUCAUUGAAUCGGGAAUGGUUACGAUAAAAAACGAGACAAACAUAAUGGUCAAGAACGCCAUUGAUAUUAUCUUUAGUGGUCUAUCUUUCUGGUUAUUUGGUUUCGGAUUAAGCUUUGGAGUAGACGAAGGUACGAACGCCUUCACAGGGGUCGGAUAUUUCCUCACAGAAGUACCUAUCGACAAAGGAGAAGUUUAUGCCAUGUACUUCUUCCAAAUGGCACUGGCUUCCACAGCGACCACAAUUGUGUCCGGAUCUAUGGCCGAACGAACGAAUCUCAAGGCUUACAUGCUGUAUUCCUUCGUGAGCACGCUGUCAACGUGUUUUCCAACUCACUGGAUCUGGGGCAAGAAGGGACUUCUCAAGGAACUUGGUGUCAUCGACAUCGCCGGUUGCUCUGGAGUGCAUUUAGUCGGAGGAGCCGCAGGACUCGCUGCUGCAGUCAUGUUAGGGCCUAGAUUAGGUCGUUUUGAUGACAACAAGAAAAGGCUCCAGCCUUGUUCCAUGACUAAUGUGCUGUUAGGAACGUUCAUGUUGUGGUGGGGCUGGCUGGGGUUUAACUGUGGCAGCACCUUUGGUAUCACUGGAGAAAAAUGGAAGUUAGCCGCUCGUGCAGCAGUUGUCACAUUAAAUGGUUCAAUCGGUGGGGGUAUCGUCGCAAUCGCUUACAGUUACCUCCAAGAUGCAGAAACAUUAGAUGUUCCAACAUUCGUAACUGGAAUCCGUGGCGGUCUGGUGUCAGUUACAGGUAUAUGUGCUCUUGCCCGACCAUGGGAAGGAAUUUUGAUUGGACUGUUUGGUGGAAUGUUCGCUUGCUUACUGUCUGACGCCAUGAUUAAACUUAAGAUUGAUGAUCCGGUCAACUGCGUUGCCACCCAUGCCGGAGCAGCAGUCUGGGGUAUGAUUGCUGUGGCUCUAUUUGCUGAACAAGAGGAAAACGAAGGAUUCUCAGAGGAAAAAGGCCUAUUUAAAGGAGGCAGCUGGCGACUGCUUGGUGUCCAGUUGCUUGCAUGUCUUGUAACAGCAGCUUGGGCAGUCGUGACGACAGUUAUUCAACUUUUUCUGAUCGAGAAGACAAUUGGAAUACGACUUACGCGGGAGGAAGAGUUACAGGGAUGCGACUUUGUAGAGCAUGGAAUCGGGGAAGAAACUGGGGACGAGAAAAAAGGUGAGGAGGCCCCACAGCUGGAGAGCUCCAGCGCACCGAACCGUCUUGUAUCUGCUCAACGGCGAAAUGUAACUGGAAAAGACAACGAGGGCUCACGAAAUUCGAACGAACUGCCAUCGAUGUGCAGUAUGGAGUCGGAUAUUGAGGAACUUCUGAGGCAGGAAUCAUGUUAUCCUAUGAUUAAACAAAAGGGUACCUUAGACAAAUGUGUACAAGUUAUCUGCGAACAUGGUGUGCUGAUUGAACUGUAA